AUGGUUGCUUUGCGUCGUUCUUCCAAUGCAAAAACCUCUGAUAACGAGUCCCAUGCAUCCAAGAGAAAGCAUGAAGCAGCAGGGACCCCUGCUGCGAAGAAGCAAAAGUCUAGUGGUACAGCCCACUCCACUAGAGAAUUGCAAGUUGGCGACAAAAUGCCAGAAGUGAUGCUGAAAAAUCAAGAUGGGAAAGAAGUAUCACUGGCUAAGGUCACCAGUGAGAACAAAGUAGUUGUAAUUUACUCAAAUCCUAAAGCGGGCACUAAAGGGGGCGCUGAGCAAGCGGCAGCUUACAAGGACCACCAGAGUGAAUUGAAAAAAAUAGCCAUGGUCUUUGGGCUUAGUGCCGAUGAGGUGAAGUCACUCAAGGACUUCCAAAAUUCGCAAUCAAUUCCCUUUGAUAUUCUUUCGGAUCCUGAUCGUGAGUUGAUUGAACCACUAGGUGCCAAAAAGGGCACCUCUACCCAGCGUUCACACUGGGUGUUUUUGAAUGGGAAGCUUGUUGACAAGAAGAUUGGCCUCUCUCCAGAAUCUUCAGUAGCGGAUGCUAUUGAAGCUGCUUCCAAAGCGCACGAUGGUGACAGCGGCCGGGGACGUCCUAAAAAGGAGCAGCAAGAUGAUGGAGCCAAAGACGAGGAUCGCAAGGGUGCAGAUGAUGCAAAUGAAACAUCUACCAAAUCUAAGGGACGUGGACGUCCCAAGAAGGAGGAAAACGCCGAUGAAGACGAGAACGCCGGUGAAGAUGAGAACGCCGGUGAAGAAGAAAACGAUGAUGAAGGGGAAAAUGAGGAUCAAGACGAUGAUGCCGAUUUCGCUGCAGAUGAUGCUGAAGAUCCUGAUUUGGAGGAGAUCGGCCAAGAAGAUGACGAUGAGUACGAAGCUCAGGACUUAAAGACAGACGAAAGAGACGAAGAGGUCGUCGGUGAGGAAAAGGAUCUUGAGAAUACAGUUGACAGCGUUGACGCUGAACAAGAAGAUCUACAGGCAGAAGGCACCGAGGGAGAGGCUGAUCUAGAUGAUGAUGAGGAGAAGGUCGAUGUCGAAGAAGAGGAGUAA